GUGAGCCCCACCCUUCUUUCUUCUUGCAGCAGCUCAGCUACAAGGAAAUGGGUAUAUCUUUGGAGCUGGUAAAAUGCAGAGAGGGAGAGAAAGUAAACGAGAUACUCAUAUGCUCCAAAUGUUGCCAGUUAUUAGAAGACCCAGUCCCUCUAGUCUGUGGCCACUAUGCCUGCACUAAGUGUAUUGAAGAAUCAAAGGACAAAAGCAAAAAAGGAUUGUGCCAGAAAUGCUACAAGCAGCUGAAACGUGAGCCUGCUAGCGAGAUUGCAGCUGAAGUAAAGAAUGGAUUGGAAUCCGUGUCAAUCCAGUGUAGCCUAGGAUGCAGUAAAGUACUCAAUGGAAGUUGCCAGUUUCAGUAUCAUAUUUCAAGUGAGUGUCAAUGGAGAUUAGUCCAGUGUCCCAAUAAAGGAUGCCAAGAGUAUGUAGCUGUCAAAGAUACUAAUGAGCAUUAUCAAGUAUGUCCCUAUGGACUCACUCAGUGCACAGUCUGCAACGCCAUAGUUAGUAAAAGAGAUAUGGCCGGUCACCAAGCUGUGAAGAGAUGCUUUGAGAAGUCAAUUAAAAGAGAGAGAGUUCAAUCGGCAAGGAAGCUCAGCGAGGAAUUAAGAUGUCAUCGUGACAUGAUGUUGAAGCAAAGGCAUUUAACUGAUCAAAAUGAAAGGCAUUUAAUAAAGGAGCAUUACACUCAGCAGAAGGAGGACCCGAAUGCAAGCAGGAGGUCGAUCCAAGCAAGGAUAGGGAGCGCAUUGGUGGUUAGCGAUAAUUACUCAAGAAGAAAAGUUUCACAAUCUUUGUCUUGCGGAAAUUGCGAGGGUCACUUUUUGUCGGGAAGAAGACCGAGUGCCAGAAGACAUUCGACAGCUAAACCAUGUGACAAUUGUCAACACUGGAGAAGAUGGAGUGGACCAAGGGGAUGGCCCAGUACAAUCAUUUAGUUAUUUCGUUAAUUUCGUACU